AGCCUUCAGACGUCUUCAUCAUCUUCUUCAUCUUCAUCAUCUUCAUCAUCUGCCUGCGCUCUUCUGGUCGACAUGGGUGUGGCGUACAGCGUGGGAGAGGUGGAUCAUCUCUACACGUUCUUCGUCCAGUGGUCUCCGGAAACCAUUUACAGUAAACACACCAGCAAGCAGGAUUUCCUGAAGGUCCAUCCAGAAACCCUCAGUGUGAUCGACUCUUUACUGAAUAACUCUGACCCCAAAAACUGGAAGAUUGUCACUGUGAAGCAGCAGAAUAAGCGCUGUGCGAGUGUGUGCAGUUCUGCAGACUCUGAAUCUGAAGAUCUUCUGCCAGUUUUAAUAAACCACAGUCAGAUCCUGAACCAACACCACCUCGAACAACUGGUGAACCAGAUUCCCGCACGGACUCAGGGUUAUCGGUGGAAACUGGUGUACAGUACGGCGGAGCACGGCACCAGUCUGAGGACACUGUACCGGCAGAUGGGAGACAUAGACAGACCAGUUCUGAUGGUCAUCAAGGAUUCAGACAAGCAGGUGUUCGGAGCGUUUUCCUCAGACCCUUUCCGAGUGAGCAGCUUCUGCUACGGGACAGGAGAGACGUUCCUCUACAGCUUCAGUCCUGAGUUUCAGAUUUUCCGCUGGAGUGGUGAAAACUCCUACUUUGUGAGAGGAUUCCUGGACUCGCUUCAGAUGGGAGGAGGAGGGGGUCCGUUCGGGUUGUGGCUGGACGCUGACCUGUACCGUGGAUCCAGUUACUCCUGCGACACCUUCUGCAACCGGCCACUCAGUCUUCACCACGACUUCACCGUUCAGGAGCUCGAGGUCUGGACCUUCAUCUGAGUCUGUUAUCACUGAUGCUUCAUCUCAACAAACAACAGAGGAAACCGGAGGAACCGGUCGGAUAACUCUCACAACCUCUGCCUCGCUCGUAACCGGCUUUAGAUAAACGCUUCUGCUAAAUCAACCGGCAACAAUGUAAACGUAAAGCUAACGAGUCGAGGCAGAUCUGGGGUUUUCAGUUCUCAUUUCCCGUAACAGUAACCGUUGAGGAGACCUG